UAAACCUAAAACCCUAUUAACUUCAACGAACCAAUAGAAGGUGCAUCGACGACCAUGGCAUGCAAUGGCUCGGCAUGCAAGUCCAACUGCUACAAAGACGAAGAAGCGGGAGCCGCUGAAGUAGCCUCAUGCGCCCAAUUAGCAGAGCGGACCAAGCCAGGCGCUGCAGAAGCCAAUCCAAUCGCUAAUACUCUCUGCAUCAAGUGUAAGGUCAAGGAGGCGAUUUCCGGUUACGGUGGUAUUGAUGACGGGCGGUUUUGCGCUGAUUGCUUCAGGAAUAAUUUGUUUGGAAAGUUUAGAUUCGCUGUCACUUCAAACGCCAUGAUUGCUCCAACGGAUAAGGUCCUCGUUGCAUUCUCAGGGGCCCUUCUUCUAGGUCUCUCCUCUCUCUCUUUCCGUCUACUGCGGGUAGCGUUACAGUUUGUUCAUGACAUGCAACAUAGAUCGCUAAAGAACUUUGAUGCAAGUAGAGAUAGAUCAUUGCCAGUGUUUGGCGUGGGAGUUGUAUUUAUCGACGAAAGUGCCGCUUCUCCAACUCCUUCCAGUGAAUUAGAGAAGGCAGUCAAAGAUAUCAGUUCGAUUGUGGCAAGUCUAACCCCACCAACAAAGGAGUUGCAUGUUGUGCCAAUUGAGGCCGUUUACUCUUCGGAGUCUAGUGACGGAAGGGACAAAUUAAUCAAACUGGUCAACGCUGUUAGUGAUUCAACUGGAAAGGAAGAUUUAUUGCUUUACCUUAGAAUGUUGGCCCUGCAAAAGGUUGCCUCUGAAUUUGGAUACAGCAGAAUCGUACUAGGAUCUUGCAUUUCAAGAAUUGCUCGCCAUGUUAUUUCAGCCACUGUGAAGGGCCAGGGAUAUUCCUUACCUGCAGAUAUACAGUAUGUUGAUGCAAGGUGGGAAAUCCCUGUUGUGCUUCCUCUUCGUGACUGUUUCGCCCAAGAGAUCAACAUGCUUUGCCGACUUGAUGGUCUAAAGACCUCAUUGUUGUCUACUAGUCCUCGCUCUGGCAUUAAUAGCUUGGUCUCGUCAUUUGUGCAACUUUUGCAGGAAGAAAACCCAUCUCGAGAGAGCACAAUUGUAAGAACAGCUGGAAAACUCAUUCCAUUCCAUUUCAACAGGAUUCCUGAGAUUGUUGAUGGUAAAGUCCCUUUGGCAACUCAGAGACGCCGGAAGAGAUACAAUCUCAAGUCCAAUGAAUCUGUUUCCCCAGAAUCAUUCUGUUAUCUCUGCAAUAGCCCUCUUGACAAGUCUGAGACUGUUGAUUUGAUCAAUCUUGAUAACUUCAGAAGUAGUAAUAUUGUCGAUGCUUCCUGCUGUUCAAGUUGUCGCUUUCAGAUACUUCCAAGAGAUACAAAAUCAUUGGAGCAAUUUUGUACACUUUUGCCUCAAUCAGUGGUUGCACGAGCGAAGCAACUAAGCAACGGGAAUUUGAGUUUCCGAAGGGAACAAAUACAAGAUUGCUUGCUUUCAGACAGCGAAGAUGAAACUUAGAUUUAGAUUGCUUGCUUUCAGACAGUGAAGAUGAAUCACAUUCGAGGUUACUGUUGACCUCGGCGAUCAAAAGAGAGCGGAGUUUUAAUUAGUGAGAUCCUCUGGCUAACGUUAAUGAUUUUUGCUGGAUCUCUAUGCUUAUUAUUAUUAUCACUUUCAAGAUCUUAACAUGUAUUGAUGCAUAUGACAUUGCUUUUGCUUCUUGACCGUUAGCAGUGUUAUUCUAGAGCUUUUUCAGUAUUCAUUAUUUUGUCCUGGAAAAAAACAGCAAGGACUGCGUUGUUUAUGGCAUCGUUAUGAGACUUAAUGCUUUCUUGGCCACCUCCAAAUAAAA